UUAGUUUAGACACGCCUGCCUGGCCUCCAUUGCCCAAAUCUCACAUCUGAAGGUUAAAGUCUGUCUCCAUCACACCGCACUUCAAUUCAGCAGUACUCACGUAUCACUCUCCUCUUUCUCGCUCUUAAUUUACAGAAAUAUUAACACAGUAUCAUGUCGAUAUUUAGUGAAGUCCCGCAGGCUGCUCCUGUCGCAGUGUUUAAACUGACAGCGGAUUUCCGUGAAGAUCAGUGUUCCAGCAAGGUGAAUCUGGGAGUCGGAGCCUACAGGACAGAUGAAUGUCAGCCCUGGGUUCUCCCCGUGGUGAGAAAAGUGGAGAAGAUGAUCGCUGAUGACCAUAGCUUGAACCACGAGUACCUGCCCAUCUUAGGCCUGCCAGAGUUUCGUUCCAGUGCAUCUAGGAUCGCUCUGGGUGAAGACAGUCCUGCCAUCAAGGACAACCGGGUAGGAGCUGUGCAAUGUUUGGGAGGUACUGGUGCUCUAAAGAUCGGAGCGGAGUUUCUUCGCCGUUGGUACAAUGGAACUGACAACACAAAAACUCCAGUUUAUGUGUCUGCACCCACAUGGGAAAACCACAAUGCCGUUUUCUCUAAUGCUGGAUUUGAGGACAUCCGUCCAUACAAAUAUUGGGAUGCAGGGAAGCGUGGACUUGAUUUGGCAGGUUUUCUGGGUGACCUGGAGAACGCACCUGAUCACUCCAUCUUUGUACUGCAUGCCUGCGCUCACAACCCCACCGGUACAGACCCCACCCAGGACCAGUGGAAGCAGAUCGCUGAUGUCAUGAAGCGAAAGAAUCUGUUUGCCUUCUUUGAUUCAGCCUAUCAGGGUUUUGCCUCAGGAAAUUUAGACAAAGAUGCCUGGGCUGUCCGCUACUUUGUGUCACAGGGUUUUGAAUUGUUCUGUGCCCAGUCGUUCUCAAAGAACUUCGGUCUGUACAAUGAGAGAGUGGGGAACCUGACUGUUGUAGCCAAAGACCAAGACAAUUUGAAUCGUGUUCUGUCUCAAAUGGAGAAGAUCGUUCGAAUAACCUGGUCCAACCCUCCGUCCCAGGGAGCUCGUCUGGUUGCCAUCACACUCAACACCCCUGAGCUCUUUGCUGAAUGGAAGGACAAUGUAAAGACUAUGGCAGACCGGGUCCUGUUGAUGCGUGAUCAGCUGAAAGAAAAACUGAAAGCGCUAGGAACUCCAGGAUCCUGGGAGCACAUCACUGAACAGAUCGGCAUGUUCAGUUUCACAGGACUCAACCCUAAGCAGGUGGAGUACAUGAUAAAAGAAAAGCACAUUUAUCUAAUGGCGAGCGGUCGCAUCAACAUGUGUGGCCUCACCUCCAAGAACAUCGACUAUGUGGCUGAGUCCAUUCAUGAGGCCGUCACUACAGUCCAAUAAGCACCUUUACCGCACUUCCUGUAUGUGUGUGUGUGUCCACACUCCACACUCUGAUACACACCUUCACACACCAGCUUAUGCUGGUCUAAUUUACUCAUCAGCCUGUCAACAUCCUGUUUUAUCUUGUAAUUAUAAAGCAUUGAAACGGUUCCAGAAGAUAUAUAUUCCCUUCUCCUAAAUAUUGUCUGUAGUGAAUAUUUCAAAUAAUCUUGUUUGUAUGAAUAAGCACUUUGUGGUAGGGUUUACAGUCAAUCAAAUGACUGUCUUUGGAUUUCACUGACCUGAAGUUCCAUCUUGACUGAUUUCGUGAUCUUUCACGAUCCUUAAAUUCACACAGCUUAGUGUUGCUGAAUCAGAGAUAUGUAAAGUUGGCAGGAUGGAAAGAUAUUAAGAACUAGCCCUAUCUAAACUUGUCAUUUACUUUACAUACAUUUUACAGUACAUUUCACUGUAUCGAGUGCUGAACUGAAGGACAAUGUGCAUGUUUCAAGGUUUAUGUGUAUGUAUCCAUUGCUUAAAACAUCCUUACAGAGACAACUUGAAUGACUGGGGGCAUUAGAUUAUGUUUCACUGUAAAUUCCAGUGUGAUUUGUUUGUCAUCUGAUGAUCUUACCUCAAAUGAAACUGUUUGAAGCAACAUUUUACCCUUAAAUCAACUUUUUGUGAUUCACUUUUAAACGUAUUGUGAUUAAAUGGAGGGAGAAACCUGGUAUUGUGUUCUGUGUGAAGAAGUGCAUUCUGGGAUAUUGGGUCUCUUGACAGCUGAGGGGGAGUGAAUUAAAACAGAAAAGUGAUUUUGGGGUUGAAUAUUUCUUUAAGCUUUUCGUCUUUGAUGAUGCUUGUUCUGGAAAUUCUGGGUUGUGAAGACCCCAGGCAUUGUUUUGCACUUUAUUUUCUGAUGUCUUUUUAAUCUGUUGAUUCUGAUCCAUCAUUUUCACUGCUGUGUUCUUGUAUUCAGGUUCAUUCGUGCACUACAACACAACACGUUACUCUCCCAACCAGCUAAGUCUCAUAAGAUCAAACCUCUAGGAGUAUAAAAGCUCUUUGUGCACAAAUAUGUUAAUCAAAGUGCAUUGAAAUAAAUGAAGUUAAUGAUGAAUGAA